AUGCGCGUCUCCGCGUCGUGCGCAAGCCUUCCGACAGAGUCCGCCAAGCCGUCCGAGGUUAGCUGGUCGUGCUUCCCCGAGCUAACCGCAGAUAACAAUGUCCCCCUCCUCUCGCGGCUGCAGUACAAGUAUGAUCUCCGGAACACGGACAAGCGGCGGAUAACGUCCCUCGCCUGGGCUGCUUUGGAGCUGAAUCUGGAAGUGUUCGAGUGGCUCCUCCUCGACUACGGGCACGACGAUCACGAGCUGUCCCGCGACAGUGCGCACAACACCAUUUUCCACCUGCUGGCUGCGGCACCAGCACCUCCCGCCCUGUCGCCGAACGCCGAGAUCUGGGCCGGCGCUCCCGACUUCCCUCCCCGCCCUCAGACCCGGCCUCAAGCCGAGCUGACCGACAUCUGCCUCCGCAUGACAGAGGUGUACUACACGCUCUUCCCCUUCCUGCUCGACUGGAGCAACAACCGGGGCGAGACGGCGCUACACGUCGCCGCGCAAGCCGACAAUCCAGCCUUUAUCGCCUGCCUCAUUGAGCUCGGGGCGGAUCCGGAUCUGGCGGAUCUGGACGGCAACACGCCCCUGCACUGCGCGGCGUCCUGGGGCCAUGUAGCCUGCAUACGCGCGCUGCUGGAGCGGGGGGCGUCCGUGGCCCUGCGCAACUUUGAGAACUUCACGCCAGCGGACGUGGCGUACAGUAACUCGGUCCGCGCUGCUUUCGACAAUAUGGCGCGGGACGUGGUCGAACUCCGUCGGCAGAGGAAGCUGCUGCAGCAGCAGCGCGAGGAACUGGACGACUAUGACGGCGAAGAGGAGGAGGUAGAGGACCGCUUCGAUCCGAACCAGCGCUUCGACCCGCGCUUCGAUCGGUACGGCUCUGGCGACAGGCGCCCAAGCGAGGGCGCGAUGGAGCGGACGGAGAGCGAGCGGGGAUUCGGGCGGAGAGAAUCCGUCUCUGGCCGCCGGGAGAGGGCUGAGCGUCAGUAUGGCGAGGGCGAGCUAGACAGGCUGGAGCGGAUGGAGCCGCUCCCGUCCCCGAGAUCGCCGCGGGGUGGCCGCUUCCGCUCCGGCAGUGGGAGCACGGCCUCGCACACUGGCUCCCGCUCCAGCUCCCACUCAUACAGCGACCAUCCCCUCCCGCCUCUUCCCCUCGAGGCCCAGCCGCCCCUUCCCCCCCUCCCGGACCGGUAUGCGCGGUACUCGCGCCCCGGCAGCCCGACCCCGAUCGCCUCGCGGCAAGGAUCCGAGUCCCACGUGCCCAUGCUCGCGCACCACCACUCAGACUACACCCCGGAGCAGAUCCAGGCCAUGCGCCCCGUCCCGCCCAUGCCGUUCGCCGCUGCCCCUGCCCCAGUUCCCGGGUAUGCGGAGGACGAACUCGGCUCAAGGAAGAGGGCACAUCUAGGAGAUGCGCCGGGCUGCGAGCACGCCGGGACACCGGGAGCGGGAGAGGGCUGGGCCCAGGAUUGUGAUUCCGGAGGACUGCGAGAAGAGCAAGAGACGAGGACUCCGGAUCGCGAUUCCGGACCGACUCCUCCCUCUCGAUAUCAGGAGCCCGAAGGCCAGCCCCAGUCCGAGACUCACGCCUGA